UCCAAUCUUUGAGUUUUGUAAUACAAAUAGAGCAGAACCACCGAUGAUGUCCCAGCAUCUCCCGGAAUACGACAUCCUGACUCGGCUACCAGUGAAAUCUAUAUUCCGAUUCAGGUGUGUUUCCAAAUCUUGGAACUCCAUAUUCACCAACCCUAUUUUCAUUACCGCACACUUUAACUUCAACCUAGCCAAAUCUUUAUCAAAUAACAGUCACAAUGGUUUUCUCCUAUAUACACAUAAAAUUUCAUAUAAUAUCAAAGAAUUGCGGACAGUUAUUUGCAAUAGUGACCACACCUUGACCCACGUAUCGAGCUUUCAAAUCCCGUCUUUUGAAUUUCACAUUCAUAACCGAGUAAUUGGCUUUUGUAAAGGUUUGUUUUGUCUCACUAGUUAUAUGGGCAAUUCUUAUUGGAAAAUAUAUUUGUGGAAUCCAAGCAUUAGAAAAAUUACCAUAGCUGGUACUACGAAUAACAAUGCCUUGUCUAAUGUCACCCUUGGAUUUGCAUAUCAUCCUCAAAACAAUGAUUUCAAGAUUCUAAGACUUGUGUCUUAUCCAUGCAAAAAGAAAGCGCCAGCUGAGGUUCAGGUUUACACAUUGAGUACGGCUUCGUGGAGAAGGUUUGUAAUUCCAGACUCAUUAAGUGUAUCAUCUAUUUGGGUUAUAUCUGAAUCACCCUCUCUAUUUUUUAAUGGAGCUUUGCACUUUCUAGCAUUAAUUGGCACCCAGAACGAUAUUUUUAACAGAUUCAUAUUGACCUUUGAUGUGGAUGAGGAGAGAUUUCAUGAGAUAAUGUUGCCUCCAAACUAUUUAAGCGAAAAAUAUGUGCGACAUACUAAAUGUCUUACCGUGUUCAAGGGAUUGCUGGCUUUGAUUGUUUUCAAUUGCGAAACUGAGCAAACUGACAUAUGCCACAUAUGGGUCAUGAGGGAGUAUGGUGUGGUCGAGUCUUGGACUAAAAUAAGUGUACCAAUCGAAGGAGUUGCCAGGUUCUUUGGUUGCACGGUCAAAGGUGAACUUGUGAUGGGGAAGAGAAGUCCUUCACAGAUCUUCUCAUUUGACCCUGAGAGUUUAAAUGAAGAAAUUCUUGCCAUUCCUGCUGCUAAAGAUGUGAUUUAUACUGAUUAUUUUGCGGAGAGUUUAAAUUUACUUGAUCGGUUAAACGCUAAGGAUUAUUAAGUUAGAGUUAUAGCAAGGCAGUCAUCUUUUUGCAUCGUUGAUGCAAAGGAACUUGAGUGCAAAGUUUUGUAUUUUUGUACUUGUUCACUAGUGCAUAUUAGUUAGUCAGAUAUAUGCACCUGUGUUAGUUAGUUAGUUAGAUAGUAGUGCUGUUAGCAGUUAGCUAUGCAGCCUUCCUAUUGGCUGUAGUGAAGGAAUACAAUGCAUAUAGACU